UCCUAUCACCCUUUCAUUCCCUCUCUCAGACUGAGCCAGGUGAUCAGGUUAGAGGAGUGGGGAUGACCGAGAUUGUUUCCUGGGACAGAAUUUAGAAUGAGCCUCCAGCAGCCUCCAAGCAAACCUGCUUCCAGCCCUGACGGCACCCACAGCAACAGAGAGCACACCUGGCAGGUGAAAGCGAACGACAGGGAUUUUAACAACCAGUUCACGAAGAAAGGAUUCCUGUGUUUCAAAAGAAGAAAAUAUGCCGAUAAUGUUAUCAAGACCAGAAAAUACAACGUACUCACGUUUUUGCCAUUCAACCUCUACGAACAGUUUCAAAGAGUUGCCAAUGUCUACUUCUUGCUGAUGGUGAUCCUGCAGGGCGUGCCCGCCAUCUCCACCCUACCCUGGCACACCACCAUGAUACCGCUAUUAAUGGUGCUGGCCACUCGCGGAGUCAAAGACAUAUUGGACGACAUGGCACGCUAUAGAAGUGACAACGAAAUAAACAACCGCCCUUGUGACAUCCUGCACAGUGGAAGUUUCAAGGCUGCAAGAUGGAGGGAUGUUCACGUAGGGGACGUGGUGCGGCUCAGGAAGAACCAAUUAAUUCCAGCCGACAUGCUGCUGCUGAGCAGCUCCGAGCCACACAGCCUGUGCUACGUGGAGACAGCAGACAUAGAUGGGGAGACUAACCUGAAAUAUCGUCAGGCGCUGAGCGUCACCCACGAGGAGCUCCACACAGAGGACAAGCUGGCAGCUUUCGACGGCCGGGUGCUGUGUGAGGAGCCCAAUAGCCAGCUGCACUUCUUCUCAGGGGUCCUGCACUGGAGAGGGGGGCAGCACCCUAUAGACAACGACCGCAUUCUGCUGAGAGGCUUCCGCCUGAGAAACACGCACACCUGCUAUGGACUGGUCCUCUUCGCAGGCCUGGACUCCAAGAUCCUGCGAAACUGCGGCCGCACCGUGGUGAAGAGAACCCGGAUCGAGCUGCUCAUGAACCACGUCGUCCUCAUGAUCCUCCUGUUUCUGCUCGUGACGUCUCUGCUGCUGGCAGUGGGUGCUGGGCUGUGGGAGUCACGGUUCUCGGGUUCGUUAGAGGCAAUCGUUGCCUUGUCUGAGGGGUUCAGCCCGGCGUACUGGGGCUUCGUCACCUUCUGGGGGUACAUCAUCAUCCUGAGCCCGGCCAUGCCCAUGGCUCUCUACAUCACGUUUGAGGUGAUCCACUUGGUGCACAGCCGGUUCAUCAACUGGGACCUGCAGAUGCACUUUCCUGAGAAGGACACGUACGCCAGUGCGCGCAGCACCUCCCUGAACGAGCAGCUGGGGCAGAUCGAGGUCAUCUUCUCAGACAAGACCGGCACUCUCACACAGAACAUCAUGACCUACAAGAAGUGCUGCGUGGCCGGCACAGUGUAUGGAAAUCUACCAGCUACUUCCAAAAAACUGAAGCCAGUGGACCUGUGCUGGAACAGAUACGCGGAUGGGAAGCUGCAGCUUCAUGACGAGCUCCUGAUGGAGAGGCUGAGGAGUCAAGAGGACCAGGACCUCAGGGAGUUCUUCAGAGCACUGUCUGUGUGUCACACUGUGAUGGUGGAGGAGAAAGACGGAGACCUUCUUUACCAGGCUGCCUCUCCUGAUGAAGAAGCCCUGGUGACGGCUGCGCGGAACCUGGGGUUUGUGUUCCUGUCUCGAACCCAGGACUCGGUGACGGUCAACGAGUUGGGGGUGGAGCGGCAUUACCAUGUGCUGGCCAUGCUGGACUUCAGCAGCCAGAGGCGCAGGAUGUCUGUGCUGGUGCGUGAGCCGGAGGGAGGGUUGAAGCUGUACUGUAAAGGUGCUGACAUUGUGAUCUUCGAGAGGCUGGCCCCCGACAGCCCCCACAGAGAUGCUACAGAGAAAGCUCUGGACGGCUUCGCUGAAGAGACGCUGCGUACACUGUGCCUGGCCUGCCGGAGCGUGGAGGAGGGGUUCUACCGCGAGUGGAUCGACGAGCAUCACCACGCAAACAUGGCGACGCAGGGCCGCCAGCAAGAGCUGGAGGCAGCGUACGAGCGCAUCGAGAACAACCUCACUCUGCUGGGAGCCACUGCGAUCGAGGACAGGCUGCAGGAGGGGGUCCCCGAAACCAUCCGCACCCUCAAGAGGGCCGGCAUCAAGAUCUGGGUGCUCACCGGGGACAAGAAAGAGACUGCGGUGAACAUCGGCUACUCUGUUAAACUGCUGAGCAGCGACAUGACGAUCCUGGAGGGCAAGGACCUCAGGACGUUGCUGGAGCCGAUGCAGGAGGAGAAAAGCAGUGACAGCAAUAACAUUCCCCGGCUCAGUAAAGAGACUGUCUGGACGAAUCAAGAGCUGCGGGAUCUGCACAAACUGGGAGCUCAGAGGAAAGCCCUGGUCAUCACUGGACCAGACCUGGAGUUUAUCCUGCGGGCAAGUGACUCUGCAGGCGGUGCGCAUGGCCAGCAGGUGGAGCUGCAGAAGCGCUUUGUGGAGCUGGCCAGCAGCUGCCCGGCUGUGAUCUGCUGCAGGGUCACUCCGCUGCAGAAAGCCCGCAUGGUGGAGCUGGUGAGACGGUACCAGGGGGUCGUGACGCUGGCCAUCGGGGACGGAGCCAACGAUGUCAACAUGAUCAAGACGGCCCAUAUCGGCGUGGGUAUCAGUGGGCAAGAGGGUCUGCAGGCAGUGCAGUGCAGUGAUUACUCCAUCGCUCAGUUCAGAUUCCUGCAGCGCCUCCUGCUGGUGCACGGCCGCUGGUCCUACAUCCGCAUCUGCAAGUACCUGCGCUUCUUCCUGUUCAAGACCCUGAGCUUCACCUUCGUGCAUAUCUGGUACUCCUUCUUCAACGGCUUCACUGCGCAGCGAGGGUUUGAGAACUGGUUUAUCACCUUUUACACGGUCCUGUACACUUCAUUCCCAGUGCUGAGUAUGGGGCUGCUGGAGAAGGAUGUGAGUGACCGGGCCAGCCUGCAGUGUCCCGAGCUGUACCGGGUCGGGCAGUACCAGGAGCUCUUCGGGUACCGUGUGUUCAGUGUGACCAUGCUGCACGCCCUGCUCACCUCCCUCAUCCUGUUCUUCAUCCCCUUCGGAGCCUUCCUGCCCUCCGCACUCGACUACCAGACCUUCGCUGUCACCGUGGCAACCGCCGCUGUGUUCACCACCACCGCUGAGAUAGCCCUGCAGAUCUGGACCUGGACCCUCCCCAACGCUUUGGCUAUUCUGCUCAGCAUCGUCUUCUACUUCACUCUGACCUUCAUGCUGCACAGUUUCAUACUACACCAAACCUGGCCUAAAGACUUUCUGUUCCCAGGUGCCUCCCUCAGCACACUGCGAGACCCCUACAUGUGGCUGAUUGUGCUGCUGACUGUAACGGUCUGCCUGCUGCCCUCCCUCACUGCCAGGGCCCUGGACACAGUACUGCGACCUCCAGACCUGCACAGGGUACACAGUUCGGAGGGCCAGAGAAUGUCAGUCAGCACUGUGGAGCUGCGCUCUGGUUUCCAGAGGGACCAGCCUCAGCGACGCUCCUCUUACGCCUUCUCCCAGGAGCGCGGUUUUGGAGAGCGCAUUGCCUCAGGGACCAGUCUACGCAAAGGCAAGGGGUCCAGGAGGGCUGGGAGGCAAGGGCUGGGAGAACAGCAGUGACCGUGGACUCCAAGCAGGUAGCGAAUGCAUCCAGUACUGUCCUGUGCAAACUAAAUAAAUGCAAUGACAAACGUUUCAAAAAAGACUUCUAGUCGAAACGUUUUUGUUUUUAGAAAUAAUAUAGAGUUUUGUAAAGUUUAUAUAUUUUUUAAAUGUUUCUGUAAUAAAACUAAAAACAACCUUGUUAUCUAAUCAACACUGCUAGUCUCUUUUUGCUGGAGUUCCCACACUGCCAGAGUGAAUGGUUAAUUCACAAUUAAAACGACACGGACCACAAAUUCUGAAUGAUUAGAAACAAAUUUAUUAACAUAAGUUACAGCACAGUAAUGAACACAAAUGAAAAGAUGACCAUGUAUCUUUUUUUUAAAGCUGUUUUUUGUUUUGUUUUGUGUAACGUUGCUGUUGCUGAGAGGUUGCAGAAAGAAGGGUGCUCUGAUAAUGAUACAAUGGCAGGGAUCGCCCGCCCAUUGGCCUCAGUGAUGUAUAGUGAUGUGAUGUAUUGCUUAUAAUGUCGCUCAGUGGAAACGUGGAGCCAAGGUUCAGAGGUCAUGCUCUAUGAUGAGUUACCUAGCACUACACAUUAAAAACAAACGCGCUUCUUCUUGUUAUUCCUCAUGUCUUUAUUUUCUUGUCUUUUUUAAAGAAAGAAAAGAAACGGGGCGUGGGUUUUCUUUUCCGUUUCAUGUCGUUAUUCUCAUUGUAGAUUUUGUUUAUUUAACAGCAAGCACUAAAUAAAAGCACUCAACAAAUCACAUCCGUUUCCCCUGGCAAGCGGUUCCCCAAGACAAGCCUGCGCCUCGUGUGCCGAGCGACUGCUGAGGGGUGCUACAGCGUUUCCAGUGGGGUGGUUUCUUCUUGGCUGGUUGAGGUUUAGAGAUGGCUCUCCAGGGUACCUUUUAUUUAAGAAUUGUCUGUUAACAAGCAACAGAUUGUCGCACUUGUAUUAUAGUCUUUGGUUUUUAGCAGGGGUACUCUGGGGGCCAUUUCAGCAUCGAUUGAGUGGAAUGCAUAGAGGAGGGGGGAGGCUCAGCCUGUGUGUGUGUGUGUGUGUGUGUGUGUGUGUGUGUGAGUGUGUGUGUGUGUGUGUGUGUGUGUGUGCGAGGAUUCUCAAACCUUGCACUUCAAACAAGGUUAGCAUCUAUGAAGAGCAGUCUGCAUCUACCAGCUAGGUAAUCCAAUCCAAUAACUGCGGGUUGGUUCUCCUCAGUUAUGCUCACAGCAUUAUGACUGUAUGAUAGCUCUGGUCACCCGCAGGCAGUUUUCUAAUUAAUGUUUUUCCAAUGCAAUAAAAUGUCCAAUCUGACAUCCC